AGCAGAUACUUGUAUAAAUACGCUGAGGUCAUCUCUAUAGUGGUCUAUUUUCUUUUGAAUAAAAUGGCUAUGUUGCCCUUAAGUGUAGUCUUUCUAACCGCAGGUUCCAUUUGCCACGCUCAAAGUACUAUAAGGUACUUGCAGAUAAGAGAGGAAAGUUUAUGGAAGCGGAAAGAAGCCGAACAUGGACAUUCUAUCUUCAAAAGGGGUCAUGACUGCCCUAAAGACAUUUACUAUUGUCCCGAUACCUCGCCACUGGUCAUGACACCGGGAAAUCCGAGUACAGGAGAAGAACUUUUCAGGAAGGGUUAUUUUGAUGACGUAUGCAGGUACUUUCCAGAGUUUAUUGAAUGUGCGAAAGAUUUUCAAGACGAAACCAACCCAUCUUGUGAAGUAGGUGUCCGAUCAUCUGUCGCAUUGUUUUCUUUACGAGAAAAGAAUUUGUGCAAAUCUCCCAUGCUGCCCAUUGCAAGAGAGAUACGGCAGUGUUUGAACAGUAAAGUCUACCAGCUAGAACCUCUUUUCGGUCAAGUCAUGGAUCUCAUUUAUAAAGUUAAGUGGGACCCCGAAAACCAAGAAUCCAAAGAAACAUUUUGUCCGCCCUACGAAAAGGUAAUUGAAGAAACAAUCAUGGAAUUGAAAACUUGUGACAAGUACGGCUUCCAGUGGUCAGAUGAGAAGGAAACCAUCCUGAGGAAUUACUAUUACCCUGCUCUCUCCUAUCUCGCUUUGCCCUUUCAGUGCGAUGACUUGUAACCUAGAAAUGGGUUGAACAAAUUCCCUUCAAAACGGAAAAAGGUUUUAUCUAUGAUAUUCAAAUCAAUAAAGUUUCUUGAUACA